AUGUUCAUUCCUCCAUCGCCGCCGCGAGCUAAGAGUAGUAUUGCCCGGCUUAAUAUCGUCAGUGUUUUGGCGUUGAAGCACUUUUGUCUUGUUCACUGUGAAAUGGUGAUUGUUCUGAUCAGUGCCUGGUUGUACUCCAAGAAGUUCGAGACUGAUGAAGGGAAGAAGGAUGUUACAUCCCAGCUGGAAAAGAUGAAGUAUGCUACUGUGGUCCGCGUUCUGGCUCAAACACAGAUUAGUGAGAUGAAGGGACUUGAGCAGAAGAAAGCUUAUUUGAUGGAGUUCCAGGUCAAUGGUGGAGACAUUACUAAGAAGGUUGACUUUGCCUACAGCUUCUUUGAGAAGCAGGUUCCAAUUGAUGCUGUUUUCGUGGAAGAUGAAAUUCAUUGGUGUGGCCAAGGGGUCUCUUACACCGUGGCUAAGGCUGGUCAGAAUGGCUACCAUCACUGUACUGAGAUGAACAAGAAGACCUACAAGCUCGGAAAGUCUGUUCAGGACUCUCACUCUGCCAUGACUAGUUACGACAAGACUGAGAAGGAUAUCACUCCUAUUGGAGGGUUCCCCCACUAUGGUACUGUGAAGGAGGAUUACAUUUUUGAUCAAGGGCUGCUGUGUCGGUCCCAAGAAGCGUGUGGUGACAUUGAUGCAGUCUCUGUUGAAACAGAUUUCCAGAACUGAUACAGCGCAGGUGAAUCUCAAGUUCAUCGACACUUCAUCCAAGUUCGGGCAAGGACGAUUCCAGACUACACAGGAGAAGCUCAAAACACUAUCGUCGCCUCGAGGCUUAGUUCACUCAUGUGAAGGCUACAAUCUGCUUGUUAUCUUUGUAGGCUGUUGAAACAUUUUUCCAGUUUUGCUAUAAAGUUUGAGAUACAACUAUCUGCUUGUUAUCAAACACAUGCUUAUAGUAACUUGGCUGAAGUCAUUAUCAAGAAUCGAAU